AUGUCGAACAAAACCCAAAAACCCGUAUACAACACCGACAAUGGCGAAAAACCACCUCCAUCAUUAGAUGAUGCGAAAAUCAGUCCGGAAAUAUUCUUCAAGCUAGCUGCUCUUGAUCUCGAAUCUGAUGCAAAAUCAGACUCUGAGUUCGAGGAAGAGUAUGAAGAUUGCCAGGAACCAUAUUACAGACGUGAAGACAGAUCAAAUCAACAUGAGUCAUAUGAAGGUAGUUAUAGACCGCAAAAUACCCCUGGAAGAGAUGAGUACUGCAGACCAACAGCUCCUUAUCCACCUUAUCCAACUUGUCCAUCAGAAUCCGACGAACACCGUGAAAACCUUCGAGAUGCCCGUGCUGCUGGGUAUGCUGCAAACAGAGAAGAGUAUUGCAGACCUCACGUUCCUUAUCUAUAUGAAGACCAAUAUGACAGUCAAAGAAACGCUCGACGAUCAACUUCACCUCCCCCACAAACUAGAUAUGAAUCUAGAUCUACCUAUCAAUACUCAUCCUCAACCUCAUCUGCAAGCCGCACACGAGCAGAGAUAUUAAGGGAUUUUGAGGAGGGAAGAGAGGAAAGAGAAAGAUUAAGAGAAAGACUUCAGACAAGAAAAGAAAAUCGGGAAGAAAGGCUCAGAAGAAAAGCCGAAGCCGAAGAAGAAGAAUUGAGGAGAUUGGAAGAGCGUUUGCAAUACAACAUAGCACAAGAGGAAGAACGUGUUGGGGAGCGUUUUAGGCAGAGACAAAACGAAAACCGUUCGAACGAGGCGUUUGAAAAUCGUAGCAGAUACCGAACUCGGGAAAGUCCUAGAUAUGAAGAACCUAGAAUCUAUGAAUCUCGUGAAUCUUACGAAGCUCGUAAUUGUCCUAUCUAUAGAUCAGUUCCUAUGUAUGGACUUGAUUAUGAGAGAAAGGAAGUUAGGGUCCCAGAGCCGGGACAGGGAGAGUCAUUUAGAGUUAAAGUCCCUGAGGGUUGGAGAGUUGUGGUUGUGGCCGUGGAUUACAUAAGUUAA